AUGAUGACCCAUAGAAUUGUUGUCAGAUCAAAUAAGAGGACGUUUCAGUCAGAUGCAGCCGAGGAUAAUUUACCAGCGAAAAGACGGAGCCCGAUAACCAAAAUCGACCCAGCGAUGACCACAAAAACCGACCAUGCAAAUGGAGACUACAAAGCGCACGAAAACUACCACACAGAUGAAGUAAGAACACUCUUCGUAUCUGGCCUACCUACAGACGUAAAACAAAGAGAGCUACACCUACUUUUCAGGCCGUAUAAAGGCUUCGAAAGUGCCGUCCUGAAGUUUCCCCAAAAGCCCGGAAAAGUUUAUCCAAUCGCCCCCGUCGCAUUCGUCACCUUCAAAUCAAAAGCGGAAGCCCAAGUUCCGAAAGAAGAGCUUCAAGGGGAGAAAUUUGACAACGACUACCCCACGACGCUGAGGCUGGAAUUCGCGAAAUCAAAUACGAAGAAUAGAAUGAAAUCGCUCAAAGAACUUGACACUUCAGCCCUGCCGCUGAUGAUGACCACAGGAACAGGCAUCCUCGAUCCGUUGAUAUUGCCGGCCGACGUUGGCACCAGUGUCCACGGCACAGGACUUAACUCCGCAGGAAUGCCGCGCGGCGUAAAACGAGGCCGCCUCGAUAAUUUUAGAGCACAUCCAUUUACCAGACCGGUAGAGCAAAAGCACACACAAUCACAAAAUGACGAGCAAAAUCUCAUACGAUCUUUACAGUUUCCAGCCGCGGCCAACAUCGUCCAAGUUCCGCAAAUGCCAAUGGCGAAUUUGAUGGUGCCCCAAGUCACCAUGGCGAAUGCAAUGGCAUUUCAGAACAAAAACGGGCUCAUUCAAAUGGCUCCUAGUAGUCAAAUGUCGUACCACGGUUUCUCGAAAGCGAGGGUUACAUCACCCAACGGAGCGGUUGAGUUCACAGACGCCAACGGAACCAAAUACUUUGCACAAAACGACCAAUGA